CCUGUAAAUAACAUUAUCUCUCUCUCUAAACUUCUCCCUCUUUCUCUCUCCAAACCUCUCUCUCUCUCUAACCCUUUUCCAUGUAAACCCCGUCCAAAACAUAACGGGAUUCCCUCUGCGGCCCUUUUAUUCCCAACCCCUCUCUCUCUCUCUCUAAAUCUGUUUUCCCUUUUCUCUUCAUUCGCCUCUUUGACGCUAUCUGAGAUAGCGAUCCUUAGACUGAUAUCUACUGGAUCGUUUUUAGAGUGAGGGAGAUCGCGAUUUUUUGUGUUUUCUUUCUUUUUUUUCUUUUUUCUUUGGAGUCGAGGGUUUCAAGCUUUUUGGUUCGUGUUCUUGAAGGCAUAAGAAUCAGGAGAACAAUCAAGUUGAAUGACCUUGGAGUUUUUCAAAGUAAACCAUGUCUUCAAGCGUGUUAGCUGGAGAUCGAAGAUGGACUUCUACUCGCAGAGGUGGCAUGCAACUUUUAGGAAAAAUUGCUGUACCUAAAGUUGCUGUACCUAAGCCUGUUAAUUUGCCUAGUCAAAGGUUGGAGAACCACGGCUUGGACCCAAAUGUGGAAAUUGUUCCAAAGGGUACUCUUGGCUGGGGAAGCAACACUCGUCCUACCGCUCCAGGAAAUGCAUGGGGUUUGUCAGCAUUGUCAUCCCCAAACACUGAUGGAAGUCCUAGUUCGAUUAACCGCCUUACUGGUCGCCCUUCAUCUGGGGGUGACACUCGCCCCUCUACAGCUGGUAGUGAUAAAUCACAAGAACCUGUUUCUUCUAGUGCAUGGGGCCCAUCUUCUCGACCUUCUUCUGCAUCAGGGGUAUUGGGGUCGAACCAAACAUUGUUGCCAUCACCUCGUCCUCACUCUGCAGAAACAAGACCUGGUAGUUCUCAGCUAUCCCGGUUCGCUGAACCCUUGACUGAUAGUUCUGUUGCAUGGAGAGGAUCAGGAACUGCAGAGAAAUUGGGAGUUUCGUCCUCAAAGGGCAGCGGGUUUAUGCUUUCAUCUGGCGAUUUUCCAACUCUUGGUUCUGAUAAGCCUACUGACUCGAACGCACGACAAGGCCACAGCUCUCAUGGGCGUCCAUCAUCGGCUUCUGGACACCCAUCUGCGCCUUCUGGUCGUCCAUCUUCAGCCUCUGGGCGUCCAUCUUCAGCCUCUGAGCGUCCAUCUUCAGCCUCUGGGCGGCAAAUGACACCAAAGGAGAGGCCUGGAACAUCUCCUUCUGAAGACGUUUUUGUGGAUGAUAGCACAGAGAAGGGAUCUGUAAACACUUGGAAAAGAGAGAACUCCCCAUAUUCUUCAGGCGGGGCCGCACCACCUUACAGGGAGAAUUGGCAGAGAGAUCAGCCUCAGCAGAUGCAGCCAUAUGCGAACAUGGCCAUGCCGCCACCACCCCAUUUUGAUCCCUGGCAAGGGGCCCCAGUUCGAAACCCUCAAGAAGGCCCCUGGUUCAGGGGCCCACCCCACGUGGGUCCAUAUGGACCAUCAGGACCUACAGGGCCAUAUCCGGUAGACCCUUCUGCAUAUUUCCAUGGUCCAAUGCCAGUCAGGCCUCUUCCCUAUACACAACCAGUUCCAAGGCCCAGUAGUGGAGGUGGUGGUUACCACCAGAAUGGGGAAUCCUUUCGACCUCUUGUGCCACCUGACCCUUACAUGGUUCCUAGUCGACCGAUGCCUCUAGGUCAGGGGGUUUAUCCUAGUCCAGUGCCUUAUGAUGGGUAUUAUGGUCCUCCACGUGUGGGCUUUAACAACUCAGAUGAUCGAGAUCCUACCAUGAUGGGGCCUUCUGUUUAUAACCGAUAUCCUAACCAAAAUACCCACCCUGAUUCAAGUAGAUUUCAAGGGAAGCCUGCCCAGGGUGCCAACUCUGGUCCACCUAGGGAAGUUCUAGAGGCUCGACAUGGUCCUGAGGUGCAUCAGGGGCCGUACAAAGUUCUGCUGAAGCCUAACUAUGACUGGUCUGAUAAGAAUUCAGGGCAAAAGGAAGGAAACCAUUUGGCUUCAAAUGCAACAAUGCAUUCUGAUAAGGUGAGCCCAAGGACUAGUGGGGAAAAUGAUUGGGGGGCUGCUGCUUCCAAUGAUGAGCCUAUGGAUUUCUCAAAGCCAGCAUUUAGUGAAGAAGUUUCUUCACAAAAUAGCCCAGAUAAUUGUAGGUCUUCGGUUGUUAGUGAUACCACUUCUGAAGCCACUAGUAAACCCAUGGUCUCUGUUGAUAGGAAGUUUGAUACUACUGAUAGUAAACCAAAGCUUCCUCAAGAACCGCUAGCUACCAGGACCAAUGUGGCUGGGGCUCGAUCAUUUGAAGGUCGAUAUCAAGCUUCCCAAGUUGUUAGUAAAGAGGAGAAACCCAAAAGGUUCAAGGUUGUGAAUGGUAAAUCCGAACUUCCUGCUAAAGAACAUGGCAGCGCUCCUGUGUCAACCGAGAAGGCUCCUGGUAGUGAUGUGCUUGUGCUCAUUUCUCAUAAAGAUGAAGGUGCAACCAUUGAUGAUCACUCUGAAUCAAGUGGCAAUGUUACAGUUGAAACUAAACAGCCUGAAGUGCUGCAUACCUCAAUGGAGGCUGUGGUGGAGUGCUCUGAAAUUGGAGAGAGGUCCCAUUCUCAUAGUAAUCAAAGAGGUCAGGUUGUGCAAGGGCGAGGAGGCUAUCGAGCCAAAGGAAGGUUUAAUAACAAUAAGAAUUUUCAGGAGAGUGAAGAGUGGCGAAGGAAAGCCUCUGGGGAAUCCAGCCAAGUUAAUGUGCUCAUGCCUGAUUAUCAUGCUGGUCAAGAUGAUUUUGAGAAACAUGUGUUAGAUAUAUCUAUAAAGGUUGGUGGAGUACCAUACUUGACAUCCUCAUUUGAUUCAGAUGAUCAUAAGGCGCAGCGUGCGAAGAUGAAAGAGAUUGCUACGCAACGUGCAAAGCAGCUGCAAAAGGAGGAGGAAGAACGAACGAGAGAGCAGAAGGCCAAGGCUCUAGCAAAGUUGGAGGAGUUGAAUAGGCGAACAGUAGCAGAAGGCUCAGUGGACCAGAAGAUUGACCAGCCUCUUCAACAGGGCAACAAUUCACAGACAAAGCCAGUGGGCACAACUGAAUCCUCCAGUAAAACUAUUAUCGGUGGCUCUCAGGAAGCAUUGUGUUCAGAAGCUCCUCAAUUGCCAUCUAAUGAACAAGAGACACAGAUGACUGAGAAUAGUUCAACCAAGAAGCCUGAAGACUCCACUAGUUUCACUUCAAGUAUGCCUUCUAAGACCCCAAGUCCUUCUUGGCAGGUAACAUCCAAGUCGCCAUUACCACCACCACAAGAAGCCAGUACACAAGAAGCUCCUCCUAUUGGUAGACCUGCCCCACAAGGUCAAGAAAUUAGUGGUGGGUCCAAGCAAAGGCCAUCAGGUUAUAAACGGAAACCGACUCUCUCUCAUGAAAAGAACCUCAACAACCAACCUGCACCAGUCUCUUCAAGUGUCUCAAAACCUCAUGGAAUCACCGUAGUUGACUCGACUUGCCCAUCUGGCUCACCUGAAAUCAUUGCUCAUACUGAAGAGGCCUCCAUUACAGUGGGCAAGAAGAAGUUUGGCAGAAACUUGAGGAACAAACACAAGCCUGAUGAGACUGUUGCUGAUUCACCUUCAGAAAGUGAUAUUGUGAAUGCUUCAAGUGAUAAUGGCAAGUCUUUAACAUUUGGUUCUUUUCACCAGGAGGUUAACAUCCCUGCCAACGCUAACCAACUGCAGCCUUUUAAGGAGGCUCAAGAGGCCUUAAUUUCUCAGAAUGCUCCAUCUUUAGAUCAGGGACCCUCACAACCAUCUGAAGAAGCUCCUGGUAAAGUAAAUCAGUGGAAGCCUCAGCCUUCAAGGAGGCCCACACGAGGCGGACACACUGCUAGAGUGACUGAAAAGUUCCAUGGAAGUGAAGCUGUUGUGUGGGCUCCUGUUAAGGCACCAAGCCAGCCGGUGCCCUCUGAUGAACCUGCUCAUAACUGUAAGGAGGAGGCCCCUACUGUCAAGGCUGAGCAAGUGAGCCCACAAAGCCCGUUUAAAAGUAAGAGGGCUGAGAUUGAGAGGUAUGUGCCCAAGCCGGUAGCAAAAGAGCAGGCGCAACAAGGGAAAAAUUGCCAGCAAGAGUCAGCUUCCGCUGUUUCUCAAGCCUUUCCUGAUCAAACAAGUGGGAAACAGGAGAUGUCUCAGACUGAUAAUGAAAUCAGUAUAGAUUCUGGUGGGGUAAAGAAUAUCGAGGGCAAACAACAUAGGCAUGCUAAGGGGCAUGGCUCUUGGCGCCAGAGAAACUCUCAUGACUCUUCCCAUGAUGUCCUGUUGAAUUCUUUGGAGUGGUCUUCUUCAGGGGAUCAGAACAAGAUGGCAGAUCGGAAUCAGCCUCCAAAACAGGAAACAUUUUCCCCCAAAAGGCAGGCUAAGCAUUAUGAUAACUCAAACAAUGGUUUGAUUGGGCCUGUUUCUUCUAAGGGUCAAGAAAGCCCAUUUUAUCAGGGGGAAAGCCUUGUUGUGACAGUGGAGAAAGGAAAGAGAUCCUCAAUGAAGGUGCAAAGAGGUGGAAGUCAUAACCAAUCUGGGAUUGAUAAAGAGUGGCAGGCUGCUGGUGCUAAAAGAGGUGAUUAUACUCAAACUGGAAUUGAUAAAGAUUGGGAGGCAGCUGGUGCCAAAAGAGGCGAUAAUAACCAAUCCUUGACGGUGGAGACAAUAGAAUUGGAGGGGAAAGGUGGUGUGGUUUUGGAUCAAACCACUUCUCAGUGGCAACCCAAGUCUCAAGCUUACUCUGCUCAUCAAAGGCAGGGAGGGGGCCGAAACGGCGAUAGAGGAGGGCCAGGGGGUCAGAAGUCUUCUGUGCAAGUUGUUAGGGCUUCCUUGGAGAAGGAACUUAAUCCUCAAUUCAAUUCUCAAAAGACUCUUUCUUUCUCUAAGGAGGCAGCUAAGCCUGGUCAUCAAGAUCUUGAGAAGAGUGAAAAGGUUCUCCACAAUCAGCAGGCAACUAGUGUAGGUACACCUAUUGAUUCUCAAACUGAACAACAGCAACAGCAGCCAGUUUACCGAAGGCAUCCCCUGCAAAGUAAUCGGUUUAUGAGGGGCCCCGGCCAUGAACUGCCCUAUGGUGGCAGGGCUCAUGGCUUGGAGAGUGGCAAGCAGCAUGUACCUUCAAAUGGUGAGAGGAGGAAGCAUAAUUCUCACUAUGAGUAUCAACCUGUUGGGUCUAACAAGCCUAGUGAGGCUACUUAUCAGAAAAGCUUGGAUUGGGGAGAGUAUGACCAAGUGGAUUCACAGGUGGGUUUGGGUCCAGGGUAUCAGCAACGCUCUGGUUGGGAAGAGGAGAACCAGGUGGGUUCAAAGGUGGGACCCGGGCCAAGGUAUCGUGACCGGGGCCAAGGCCAGGGAAGACGUGGUGGCCGGUUCUAUGCGAGGAACAAUUUGGCUGCCUCUUCUAAGGUGACUGCUGGUCAUGGCAAUGGAGAGUGAAGGACAGGACACCUUGUUCCUUUCUGUUUUGUCAAACCAGCUUAGAGCAUAGAAGGCUGCUCUUUCUUGGCUUUGGCGAUGGCUCUCCAACCCAUCUAUGGUCAGUGUGCUCAUUGAGGUUUGGGAUCUCUGACAAUUUGGAAAGAGAGAGGCAUGUGCUGGGGAAAAGAGAAGUGAGAAGCCAUUGUAUGGGAGGUAUGGGUGCUGUUUUGAGAUAGAUUUUUGAGAUGUGUUUUCCAUUUGAACAGCUUGCUACUGUCUCUUGGUUGUUCUAGGAUGGAGACCUGAACAUUCAUUCCUAGAAAAGCCAGUAUUUAGUGGCCAUUUUCUGGAUAGGGUUUUGUUAAAGAAAAAAAAGACUAUUUCUGAUUCCCCUUGUGACUGUUUUUGCUCCUGAUAAUGAAAGGGAUAAAGCAAUGCCUACAUUUCAUCUCUACAUGUAUUUUGCUUCAUUUCUUUUGCCUACGCCCGAUCCCCCAGGUAGAGGAAGGGGGAGUUACCAAAUAUUGCAGUUUGUUUGGUUUCAUUCAUGAGUACGUUAGUAAUCGAGAAAUGUGUAAGAUGAACAGAAAACCUACCACUAUAUCAGAUUGACAAAUGAGGUUUACUGUUUGGGGUUAGGGUUUUUAUUGCAGUGGUGUAUGUGAACUGUGUAAGGUCAGUGUUUCCUUUUCUUUUAAUCCUGUAUCAGAUGGAUUGCAUACCCAAAUUAUACUUCUUUUUUAUACUCA